AUGGUUUUGACUAUGUCAACUUCCUUGGCAAUUCUUCAAAUCGCCGAGACAUGUCGCUUCGAACAUGGUGCUGGUCUGAAAGUGAUGAAAGGGGUGGAACGAAACAAAAGUUUGAACAAGUUGAUUAUAUCUGAGUCUAAUCUCAGUAUGGUAGCCAUGUCGUCGAUCCUUCGUGCAGUAUCUGACGGGGAGGUCCCAAAACUCGUUACUUUGGAUGUCAAGCUCAAACCAAGGAGCGAUUGCAUACAAUUAUUGACGAGGCUGAUGUGUAGUGACACCUGUCACUUGGAAGAUCUAAAGAUUGACGAAGAUGACUAUGACAUAUCAAGUAUGUUUCGGACUGAUGGCAUUCCAACAGGGACUGUCAACCGAAUGUUGGAAAAAUUGGAAAUAUGUUUUGGUCGGUUUGAUGACUCCUAUUUGGCUUCUUUGCUGCCAAUGAUGCCCAAUUUGUUGGAUCUCGAUUUAAAAAGUUGUAAUCUAUCUGACAUCUCGCCGAUUGUCAAUCAUCUGUGUCACCCCAGCACUGCUAUCAGGACGAUUGAGCUUUGUGACGCCGAUGAAGAUAUUGGACUAGACCAAGUGGAGUAUUUUGCGUCACAUUUGCGUGACAUGCAAUCUUUGACAGAUGUAUAUAUUGGCCUUAGUUUCCGGGGCGAUGAUGAAAAUGACGGCUUGGAGCGAUUUCAAAACAUACUUCGAAUCUUUUCAAGUUGCUGGAACCUGGAAACGUUUGAAUUCUAUGGCCUCAGCGAUACUCUGGAAAAACUUGUCAAGGAGUCCAAUCUAAAUCUCACUUUCGCUAUCAAUGGUGGCUGGAGGAGAGAACUUUGCUACAAUCAGCACUACAGAGAGUCCUCAGCGCCGCCGCCGAAACUAUUGCCUCUGAUCAUUGCAAGAGCACUUCGCAACACAACUGUACGUUCGCUUCGCGCUGAUGUAGUAUUAUCACUCUUGCGUGAGCGAAUCGGUGAUAUCAUACGAAAUUAG